UUUUCACUAGAACUCCGAGAAUUCCUUCACGAAACUAGUCACUGGUGAGCAAAUGGAGGACUGAUUGGAUUUAGACAUUAGUACCGUUGGAUGUCAACUCAGUGGUCUAGAGGUUAAGUGUUCGCGCGUGUUAUCAAAAGUCUUGGGUUCGAGUCACACAUGUGGGAUCGUGGAUGCGCACUUCUGAGUUGUCCCAUAUUAGAAUGAAAUGGCCGUCAAGUGCUUUCGGGUUUUCAAUGAUGGUCCAACAUCAAUCGAUUCUUGAUCACGGCGGCCUGCUUGAAUACCUGGGCUACCUGUUUCUGCCAUCUAAAUAUUUCAACAAGUUAUCUGGAUUUUUUUAAUUUGUUUUAACCUAUCAUUAUGUCUGUUAAUCGCAUAACCUACACAAGCGCGUUUAUAAAAUGCUUAUGUCCUUUCGCUGCAAAAAUUACAAACAAACACAAUAAGAGACAUCGUGAUGGUUGGCAAUAUGCUUUAAAGAGAAUAAACAUCAAUCAAAUGUCGAUUCCCGAGCUACUUAACUCUAACUGUCGAUCACUAAUUAACAAGGUGGACUAUCUCCAAUUUCUGCUAAGUCAAAACAUGUAUCGUAAUUGUGGUGUCAUCACAAUUCAAGAAUCUUGGUUAACUGACUUACAGGAUGAUUGUUUAGUGUCAUUACGUGAUUUUAAUAUCUAUCGUCAGGAUCGAUCAAACAAUAAAAAGACUUGUGGUGGCGGAGUAGCUACUUUUGUAAACGUUAACUGAUGUCGAUCUACUUUUGCCUGUUUCAAGUUUUCAAACGACUUUAUUGACUGUCUAACUUUAAGGUGCCGUCCAAAACACCUGAAUAAAUACAAAUAUAUUUAUGUUACCAAUAUCUACAUGACUCCAGACUGCACAUCAUCUGCGCUAUCUGUCUUCACUGAUAAAUUUACUGAAUUCACCGUUACUGCCUUCAGUGAUUCACUUUCAAUUGUAUGUGGUGAUCUCAAUUCAGAUGACUGUAGCUUCCUUACAUCACUAGGUCACCUAAAUGUAGUAGAUUUUCCUACUCGUUUGAAUGCUCAUCUAGACUUGGUUUUCAUUAAUGAUGUGGGUACAUAUGUGACUCGCAAACGUGCUCCAUUGUCUAGUUCGGAUCACUGUAUAAUUCGUGUCUUACCUAAAGUAUAUGGUAAACAUGGAAAGAGUACACACAUACACCAUACCAAAAAAGUAAUAUACAGGAAUUACUCAGAAGAAAAUUUACGAAAUCUAAAAAACAUGUUUCGUACGACCAACUGGGAAGUACUUACAGAUGACUCAAUAGAAAACACAACGGAUGUUAUCACCUCUUAUCUUAAAUUCUGUCUUGAUAUUUGCUGUCCUACCGAAACCUUCUUUUUAAGUUUUGAUCGACUUACAUCUCCACGACUAAAACGACUACGGAGGGUAAAAGAAAGGAUGUACAAGGAGAAAAAUACUAUUGAAUUUCGUAAGUUAAAUGAUCAAAUAAACCAAGAGAUUAGACGUCUCAAUUGUGUGUUCACUCAAAAACCCCUAUCUUGUAGAAGCUCUCCAAGUAUGUGGAAACUCUUUAAAGAAAUUACAGGGGACAGGCAGACUAGAAGCGAUAACCAGCUAAAUGUUUAUGACUUAAAUAAGUCCUUUAUUCAUCAGUCAUCUGACAUCAUGCUCCCUAUAUCCAAGGGUUUGAAGAAUAAUUGUGUCCCCAGUUUCACUGAAAAUGAUGUCCGGAAAUGUCUCCAGUCUCUGAAUUCAUCCCAAUGUUUAGGACCUGAUGGUAUCCCAAACCUCCUUUUUAAAAAAAUGUGCUGAUGUUUUAUGUUAUCCAUUAACGAAUAUCUUUAACAGAUCCUUCUCAACUAAUGUCUUACCUAAAAUGUGGAGAAAGAUAAAAGUAAUCCCUAUACCUAAGAAAGCUUCUGGUGAUAAAAAUGCGAAACUUAGACCCAUAGCAAUAACCCCACCUUUCCUCAAAAUAAUGGAAA